AUGCGUGAACCGUUUGGAGUUGUGGCUGCGAUCGGCGUUUGGAAUUACCCAAUGCAGACGGCAUCCUGGAAAAUAGCACCAGCUCUGAUAUGCGGCAAUGCCGUCGUCUAUAAGCCAUCGCCACUGGCCCCGUUGACUUCCCUCGUGCUCGCACUCAUCCUGCAAAGUGCUGGCUUACCCGAUGGAAUCUUAUCGAUUGUUCAGGGUGAUGGCGAAACAGGUAGGAUGUUAUGCGAGCAUAAAGGCGUUGAUAAGGUGACAUUUACGGGUAGUUCGACGACGGGUUCAAAGGUGCUGACUGCGUGCUCUCGGUACGGCAGUCUGAAGCCGGCGACGAUGGAAUUGGGUGGUAAGAGUUCGUGCAUUGUGUUCCCGGAUGCGGAUCUUGAAGUUGCAGUNAAUGGAGCAUUAAUGGCCAACUUCUUCAGUCAAGGUGAAGUGUGUUCGAAUGCAUCCAAAAUACUGGUUCAUGAUUUAUUACUCCCUGAAUUUCGUGAACGCAUUUUCGCAGCGACAAAUGCCAUCAAAGUGGGUGAUCCAUUAGACGAAAGCACGCGAAUGGGUGCGUUAAUAUCGGAGGAGCAUCUGAAUAAAGUUAAAGGUUUGAUCGAUGAGGCCAGACAACAGGGUGCAACAGUAUUGUGUGGAGGGGAACGGAUGACAGUGCAGGGACUGGAAGGAGGUUAUUAUCUGUCACCAGCGAUUAUCGAGAAUGUUCGUACGGAUAUGCGAAUUUAUCAAGAGGAAAUAUUCGGACCUGUGCUAAUGUUGAUACCGUUCGAGACGUUGGAGGAAGCAAUUCAGAUUGCAAACGACACACCGUAUGGUCUUGCAGCUGGAAUUUUCACUAAGUUUGUCUUGUUGUCUCUUUUUUUCAUUUGUUUAACAUGUUACCUCGUGUCGAUGUAG